UCGUGCAAGAAGAAAAGGAGAAAGAAGAAGAAAACAGAAGCCAAGAUUCUCCUUACUUUAUAGAACACAAGCUCUCUCUCUCUCUCUCUCUCUCUCUCUCUCUCAUAUACACACACAAAGAAAUACACGUACAAGGUACAACGCUGAGUGAGAGCCAUGGCAGAAUUGGAAGGUAGACCAGCUUUGGCAACAACUACUACUGUUUUUGAUCAAGGAAAACUUCCUUUCAUAAGCAAGAAAGUGGAGACAUCAAACGGUGAUGAUAGCACUAGUAGUCCACCUCCAAAGCCAUUGCUAAUUGUUACACCAACUACUAGUGGCCAAUACCCUGUAAUCUUGUUUCUUCAUGGCUUCUACCUCCGGACUUGCUUUUACUCUCAACUCCUUGAACAUAUUUCCUCGCAUGGUUAUAUUGUUGUUGCUCCUCAGCUAUACCUCUACAUACCAUCGAGUGGACUCGAAGAAAUUGAAUCAGCAGCAAAAGUGACAGAUUGGUUAUCAAGUGGACUUCAACCUCAGCUUCCUGAAAAUGUUGAAGCAAACCUACAAAAGCUUUCUCUAGCAGGCCACAGCAGAGGUGGAAAAGCUGCAUUUGCACUAGCACUGGGUUACGCCAAAACUUCCUUAAUAUUUUCAGUAUUACUAAGCAUAGACCCCGUGGCUGGAUGUACUAAAUGUUGCCGAACCCAACCCCAUAUUCUCACCUAUGUUCCUAGAUCUUUCAACUUAUCAAUUCCAGUGACAGUAAUUGGCACUGGGUUGGGUCCAGAGCAAAAGAAUUGCUUAUCGCCACCAUGUGCUCCAGAGGGUUUGAACCACGACGAAUUUUUCAAUGAGUGCAAGCCUCCAUGUGCACAUUUUGUUGCUAAGGACUAUGGUCACAUGGACAUGCUAAAUGAUGAUCCGUCGGGUAUUGUUGGGGAAUUGAGUGGUUGUUUGUGUGUGAAUGGGAAGGGUCCAAGAGACCCCAUGAGGAGGAGUGUAGGUGGGAUUGCUGUGGCGUUUUUGAAGGCUUAUUUGGAAGGUGAGAGUGGGGAUUUUGUAGCUAUUUUGGCUGAUCCUAGUCUUGCUCCUGCGAAGCUUGAACCAGUUGAAUUCAUUGAAGAAUAAAUUCAUGCAUGCAUAAUGCUCAAGUUUAUUGGGAAUGAAAACAUGGAUUGUGGAGUACGUAUUUGGUGAAAAGUAGCUCAAUUUAUUGUUCUUUUUUUUUUUGGGCUGAAAUUCUAUUGUAUUUUAAUGUGUAAGAACUUAUGUUUUAAUCUAAAGGACUAUUAAGUAUUUAAAUUA